GAUGCUUCAGGAAAGGUCCUGGAUCACUGGAGUAUCAUGACCAGCGAAGAAGAGCUGGCUACCUUGCAGCAAUUUCUGCGUUUUGGGGAAACCAAGUCCAUUGUGGAGCUGAUGGCCAUUCAGGAGAAAGAAGGGCAAUCCAUUUCUGUCCCCACGACCACAGCCAGUAUGGAUAUUAGGGCCUUCAUCGAAAGCUGCAAUCAGAGAAACUCCAACCUUUCUGCUUCUUUGGACAAAAUGCACCCCAUCCACGUCCAUCACUUCGAAAACGUGGUCAACAACAUGGCGUUUAUGCUGCCCUUUCAGUUUUACAGCCCCGUUCCACCACCUCUGAUCGGUUCGCUCCCGGAGAGGCUCUUGGUGGAGUCCUCUCAAAAUCACAGUCCUGACUUAAACCAAGACGACUACAUGCCGUUUGCUGAAAACAGUUUUUUAACUUCCAACCCAUCGUUUCAACCAGAAAAGGAGAAGCGUCCCAUCAGCCCGGACCUCACUUUGAAACUGAAAGAGGACGUGUCACCGAGCGGUUUGAAAACUCAGACCUCCAAACCAGAAGCAAGCCAGGUGUCUCCAGAAACUAAGAUGAAGACAGUGGACAAAAACGGCGCCGGAAUAAGGAAAGGGCGCGUUUUCUGUACAGCCUGUGAGAAGACCUUCUACGACAAGGGCACUCUGAAGAUCCACUACAACGCGGUCCAUCUGAAAAUCAAGCACAAAUGCACCAUCCAAGGCUGCAACAUGGUCUUCAGCUCACUGAGGAGCCGAAACCGUCACAGUGCCAACCCCAACCCGAGACUUCACAUGCCCAUGAACCGAAACAACCGGGAUAAAGAUCUCCGCAAUGGCUUGUCCCUCCGAGGUCUGGAGGAGAACAAAAGGACCGAUUUUAGCCUUUUGCCUCCCGAUCACAGAUCAGCUCCGAUCUAUGGGAAUUCUGGGACCGAAGCCAAAACCCAGCCGGGUUUUCACCACAGCGGGCACAACGGUGUCCUCUUCCCCAAUUUGAAGACGGUGCAACCUGUGCUCCCCUUCUACCGCAGCCCGGUCACCCCGGCCGAAAUAGCAAACACCCCAGGUACGCUCCCUUCUCUGCCUCUGGUUUCCUCGUCUGUACCUGAACCGCAGGGCUCCAGUGAGUUGCCCUUCGACCCCUUGCCUAAGAAAAAAUCCCGUAAGUCUAGCAUGCCCAUCAAGAUAGAGGCAGAAGCUGUUGACACCACUAGCCCAGCUAAUGAAGUGGCCAGUUCAGAAGACGAUGGGACUCCCAAGGCGGUAAGUGAAGGGUCGGUGGAGAUGGGGGUGUCUAGGAUAGAAAAAAAUGCCAAUCCUCACACGGAAGAGCAACCUCACUCCGAGGCGUCCGUUUCCAAGGACGGAGGGCUCAAAACUUUGCAGGCUGAAAGGGACAAACUGCAGACCAAGCCAGACCAAGACAAAUCGCGAAGAAUAGCCUCUUGCGAACACGCACGCGAAGCCUUCAACCAGCACCACGACGUCACCAAAGCAGCCUCUGAGCCCUACAGCUUCCUUAGAGAACCGCUGAAUUACCGGAUCCCCAUCAACAGCUGGCCCGAACUGCAUUACCACUUGUUGAGUGGGAGCAGUUUCAACACGCUCUCCGACCGGAGUGCGGCGGUCCCUGAGUUUGAAGGGUGUAAAGAGACGGAUCACGGCCACGCCCAGGCCCUAGGCCUCCCGCAGGAAGACGCCCGCUUUCGUUGCGACAUCUGCCUGAAGACUUUCAAAAGCCCUUACAGUGUCAAAAUGCAUUUUAAAAACGUGCAUCUAAAAGAAAUGCACACUUGCGUCGUGGAGGGUUGCAAUGCCGCGUUCCCCUCGCGUAGAAGCCGAGACAGACACAGCUCCAAUUUAAACCUUCACCAUAAACUUUUAAUGAAAGAUCCUUUGGACCUCAACAAGAACCAUUUCAACGCCAUCGAUCUCUUGAAGGACAUGGCCAAAGACGUUUGCCCGGAGGCCUGCUUGAAAGGGCAUCUGGAGCAGCACACCUCGGUCAUUUUCAAAAGCACAAACAGGACCGGCAGCUUGGUUUUCCCCAUGAGCAAGAUCGCACAGGCCUGUCCCGAGAGCUGCGGGCACGACCCCAACGAGGGAGCCAUUCUGGAUUUAAGCACCACGUCUAGCGUUAAAUCGGAGAGCGGCACUCACUCCUCCUGGGAUUCGGACGGAGGGAAUGAAGAAAGCCCUUUGGAGGACAGCAACGAAAGCUGUGAAAGUAUCUGCCUGACGCCCAACGAAGAGCUCUACCAAGACUGUUGCCCGGUGGAGACCCCUAACCCGAAUUUUCCAACCACCCCUUCCUGCUUGCCCAUCACCUGUCACCUCUGUCAAAAAAGCUACAGCAACAAAGGGACGUUCCGAGCCCAUUACAAAACCGUGCACCUCCGUCAGUUGCACAAGUGCAAAAUCCCCGGCUGCAACACCAUGUUCUCUUCCGUUCGUAGCAGGAAUCGACACAGCCAAAAUCCCAAUUUACACAAGAGCUUGAGCAGGUCACCCCACAGCCCCCUGCAAUAG